UCUGACGAUUACUUUCCUAUAUAUCCUUGCCCCAGUGUUGUCGAUGCUUCGUCCUGCCUCUGAAGUUCUUUAUAUCCCAUAGAAAUUCCAGGGCCCACUGUCUGAAAUAACAAUCCGACUCCCUCCCAUCGGAAUUCCGCCGUCAAACAUGGCAGCCGCCAAAGGUCUAAAGCAGAUACUCACCAAACAACUUAGUGAUGUUGUCAUCCUUUCCUCUUUACGUACUCCUGUCACCCGGGCCGUCAAGGGCGGCUUUCGAGAUGCUUACGACCAUGAACUCCUCUGUCACGUCCUGCGCGCUACCCUCGCUGCAAAUCCAAACCUCGACCCAGCGAAAAUCGACGACGUAGCGGUCGGAGUGGUUCUCGCUGAACUGGGUGGAUCAAAAGCCGCCCGUAUGGCACAGCUACAUGCCGGAUUCCACGAGCAAACGGCGUUGCACACGGUGAACCGAGCUUGCAGCUCAGGUCUGGCCGCUGUCACAAGCAUUGGCAACAUGAUUGCAAUGGGACAGAUUGAAGUAGGCAUUGGCGCAGGCAUGGAAAGUAUGACAAAGAAUUACGGGAGCAAGGCGAUCCCUACUAUGCUCUGGGAUGAACUCAGGAAUAGCCCCAUUGACAAUGUACGGGACUGCAUCAUGCCGAUGGGCCUCACCAGCGAAAAUGUGGCAAAGAGGUAUGGGGUGAAUCGACAAGACCAAGAUGCCUUUGCUGCCGAGUCACAUCGCAGAGCUUCCAAGGCACAGAAAUCUGGGCUCUUCGACUCGGAAAUUGUUCCUGUCAAGGUCAGACAAUACGCACCAGAGCAUCCUGAUGCGCCUCCCAAAGAAGUCGUGGUCGACAAGGAUGACGGUAUCCGGCACGAUGCUAGCCUCGAGAAGAUGGCCAAGCUCAAGCCCGCUUUCUCGCAAGAUGGAUCUUCAACGGCGGGUAAUUCCAGCCAGAUUUCCGACGGCGCUGCUGCGACGUUGCUCAUGCGCCGGUCAACAGCCAAUGAGCUCGGCCUAACCAAGAAUAUCAUUGGAAAGUGGGCAGGCACCCAGGUCGCGGGGUGCAGACCGGAUGAGAUGGGUGUUGGCCCGGCUGUGGUCAUUCCGAAACUCCUCGACUACACGGGUCUGAAGAAAGAAGAAGUGGAUAUCUGGGAAAUCAACGAAGCAUUUGCAAGUCAAGCUCUGUAUUGCAUUCGCAAGCUGGGUUUGGAUACCGAAGUGGUCAACCCCAGAGGGGGAGCGAUUGCUUUGGGCCACCCACUCGGUAUGACCGGGACGAGACAGCUUGCAACUUUGAUGCCUCAAUUGCAGGAGGGACAGAUCGGUGUCGUGAGCAUGUGCAUUGGUACUGGUAUGGGCAUGGCCGGCCUCUUUGUCAGAGAGUAAUCUCUCUCUUUUGGCCGGUUGUGACAUGAAUCGAAGCAGGCAGCUAGGGUUCAAUCGUCUCCGCCCAUCCGUCGCCCUCACCACCUUCAUAUACUGAUUUUCUCGCGACAUGUUCAGAGGAAAGUCGUCAUUUCAAAGUUAAAAGCCAGCGACAAUCAGCAGCUCGAACUGUACAUAUCUGUCUCCAACGGCCGCACCUUAGCAUUUUGCAUUCUGCAUCGACUGGCAAAAGUUUGGUAUACAUGACACCGCGGAAGGAAUGGUUUCUCAAACGGAGCAUGUAGAGGUUUACAUCGAAUUUCGCAAGCAGCUCGAGCAUUUUAGAGAAUAUACAUUGUGCCCUUGUUACA